AUGAGCCGUGGAGCAUUCGCUCACGAGCUCCUGCAGGAAAUGCAAACAAGCGAAGAAAAAUUGCGAGAAUAUAGGAUAUUUCGCCGCUAUUCUAGAGAAUACGCGCCUUAUCUCGGCACGGAGUUCAAUAAACUAAGGGCGGCAGCCGCGGGACUGAAUCGCGGACGGCGAAUUUAUGCGACACAAUACGCAUACAGGUGUCGUCGCGCUCAGCACCCCUUCAAUAAGCCGCCGAUGGGAACUAAA